CAGUUGAUAUUAGUGCCAUUUCAGUUCGAAAAAUUUAUGAAUGAGUUUUCUAUUUAAAGCUCCAACUCGUAAUUAAAUUUACUAACGUAGUGUUAAUAUCUUUGAAUAAAUUAAUAAUAAUGCAGCAGUUUACCUUAUUCUUUGUUGUACAUUUAACUGCACUUUUUGCGUCUACGGCAUGUAUAGAUUAUGAUGGUUUUUUGAACAUGAAACUAGAACACUCUUUAAAUUGCAAUGAUGAAAAAUUUUGUCAUAGAGGAAGUAUAACUUUGAAGAGCAUAAGAACGGGAGUUCCUAUUAUUGAUCAAAUACUAUUCAACGAAAAGCAUCUUGAAGCACUGAAGAAACUAGCAAAUGAAGAUGAAUUCUAUUCAAUUAAAACAACAAUUACAACAGGUGAAAACAGCAAAGGAACUGAAUAUUUAUCAUCGGUUAAAGCUCAAGCAUUUUUGGAAAAUGGUCUCUCUGAUGUUAUCAAUGCAUGGAUAUUACCUAAUGGAGCUGUUAUUGCAGUCAAUUUCCAAGUUGCUAACUCUACGCAACCACUAAAGCAAGCCACUAAUGAGUAUAAGCUCAAUUCUAAAUUCUACUUAAGAUAUAUUGAGCAAGCUCCAGUUCCCGAUACUGCAUCAUAUAUACAAAAAAUGGAACGUGACAGAGAGGCACGUGAAAAGGGAGAAAUGAAGGAUAACAGGUCAUUCCUAGCUAAAUAUUGGAUGUAUAUUGUUCCAGUAGCAAUAUUUGUUAUGAUAUCAGGAGCCACAAAUCCAGAGGCCUCGGCACCAGCUGGACGUUAAUACUGUUUUAUAACUCAAUUAUGUUCUUAAGUAAUUAAUUUAUUGAAGUUUAUAGUGUAUUACAAACAUGCAAAUAGGAAAUUGGCUAAUGUGUUAUUAAAACCUAAAAGGUGUAGUGAGCAUGCUGAAACAAUUUAAAUCAGAUAAUAAAGUUCUGAUCUAAUGUGAUUGUAUUACAUGCAUUUUUUUGUUUGUUUUUUAUUAGACGAGAGGAGAUCCUAUAGCCCUGUCAAUGCAAUAUAAAAUUUAUCGCGCGCUUGUAUGUGACGAAUAUUUUAUAAAAUACCGGACACUGUACUCGUCGAACUUGUCGGUUACGACGAAUAGCUCGAGCUAACUUAUAAGAGUCAAUGAGUUUCUCGCCGGAUCUUCUCAGUGGGCCGCGAUGCCGAUCCGGUGGCAGAUUCUGCGAAGCACUGCUCCCGCUAUGGCUGGGGCUAGCCAAUUCUCUCAAGUUUAACCCGUGAGCUUUUACCAACCCAUCCACACGAAGCUGGAAUAGGAAUAGAAUAAUAGGGAAAAAAGUGGCUGAUACAUUCACCUCUCAUUAGAACAAGUGGUGAAGUGGCGGCAUAUCAAACGGGAGCUAACGCAAUAUCUAAAUACUUUGGCACCCUGCUUUGAAGUCGCGUCGCGAAGUCCAACUGCAUAGGACUGAUCCGACUUCCUAAAGUUGUUGUGGUUGCAAGUGUGUAAAUUCCUACCAAGACGCAAAAAUGGCGCUCAAACUUCCGAACUACCGUUUUCAAGAGCAAGAGAAUACUCUAUUUUUAAUUAUUUAUAUAAUGAACUCUACACUAAAUAGACAU